CAGUGUGUGUUCAAUAUGUUUACAGAUCACACUUCAACGACAAAAUGGCAAGACGCGGACGUUCUCCGUCCAGCACCGAGAAGAUCAGCAGCCCCAGCUAAAACACAACAAUAUGCACCUGUUGGUUCAACCAUUAGACAUACUGUUGGCCAUGCAGUCACCGGUAUGUUUAAUGGUAGUGGUUCCAACAAUGAGGAACAACCUCAAGCUCAACCUGUACAGGCAAUUCCAAUGGAGCAAAACAACCAACAAGGUGCAAAAUGUGCAUUUGAAAUCAAACAGUUCUUGCAGUGUACACAAAACAAUGAUGAUAUUUCAUUGUGUGCUGGUUUUAACGAGGCCAUUCGCCUGUACAAGGAAGCAUACCAUUUGAUGUUAUUUAGAUAUUAAGGAAGUAGUUUCAAAAUUAUAAUGGAUUAUGUAUAAUCAAUACUAAAAACAUGAAUAUUAUCAACCAUCUUAAAUAUUGUUCGUAUGUUAGUAAAUUA